AUGUCGAAUGUAAAUGAGGAAUAUGGAACCGACUCAAGUUCAGACUUCACUGAAUACUGGAUCGAUCUCUUUUUAGGAAUUAAGGGUAAUGAGUAUUUCUGUGAUAUUGACGAUGAAUAUAUACGUGACAGAUUCAACUUGACUGGCUUGAACCUGGAAGUCAGUAAGCUUCCAACCUUGAUAGAUAUAAUAACAGACUUGGUUGAUAUAGAACUGCAACCAGAAGAACAUCGUGAUGUCUUGGAACAUAAUGCACGGAUCUUGUAUGGUCUUAUCCAUGCUCGUUUCAUCUUGACCUCUAGAGGUUUAAACAAAAUGUUUGAAAAGUACAGAAAUGGGGACUUUGGUUAUUGUCCAAGAGUACAUUGUCUGUUGAACCCUCUUUUACCAAUUGGGUUGCAUGACCAACCUAGAUUGGCAUCUGUAAAGCUUUAUUGUGCUAAAUGUGAAGAUCUUUACAACCCAAAAUCUGGAAGACAUUCUGUUGUUGAUGGAGCUUAUUUUGGAACUUCAUUCCCUGCCAUGUUUUUCCAAACUUUCCCUCAAGUUAUUCCUAUUCAUACCAGAGAUACAUACGUUCCUAAAGUAUUUGGGUUCAAAUUGCAUGAUUAUUCCAAACUCAAUAGAUGGCGGGAACUUCAAAGGUCGAAAAUGGAAAAAAGAUUGGUUAAAAAUGGUAUUGAAAUUAAUAAUGUUGUUGGUGGGUUCAUUGAUCCUAAACCAACAGAAGAUAAAGUGACUACUACCCAAUAG